AUGUCUUCGCAAGAGAACGAAAUGUUGCGAUCGCAAAGCGCAAUCCCACCAUUCCUGUCACGACCGGACAGCGGAAUUCCAGAAUUCCUUUCCCGAUGCCCAUACUUUGUAGAUCGUCUGGCUGGUUCUAUGCUCGGAGAAUAUCAUGAGUACCUUGCAGAGAAUCCGGAGAUGGAGGCCCAUUUCGGUAGAGGUAAUCCUGCGGGUAUGACACCAGAUAUGAUCGCAGCAUAUCAGGAAUAUCUUGCAGACCAGCCGGACAUUGGAAAUCCACGAGAUGAGACUCCCGAACGAGAGAGCCCUGUCGUCGACUCUCCAGCCUCCAACAAGAAGAUCGUCUUGAUUUUCAAGAAGAAGGCAGAUGGUUCUGGUUACUGGACCGUGACCCGGGACAUCACUGAAGACCCUAACGAUGAAGACGACGGUGGGCUCAUCGAUGAUCAGAUUUCUCCUGAGCCCGUGAAGCGUACGAAGCGGAAGAAGAACGAUGUAGAGAGCACUUCAGAAGACGAAGGAAGUAUCUCUGAAGAGUUCGACGAUGAGAACGACGACGAUGCUCGCCCUUAUCCUGCGCCCAAGAAGCGUCAGAUUGCAAAUCCCAAGAAGAAGUCUCUCAAGAGGAAGCCUCUCGGCAACAUUUCAGAAGAUGAAGAAGCACCCGACAAGUCAGCGACUAAGUCAAAAACUGCCUUGAAGCGCCCACCUUGGACAAAGUUCGAGCAUGAUAGUCUGUUUGCCGCCAUCGAGGAAGUGGUUAUCAAGGUCAAGCGCUCAUUGAGCAAGCUUGAUUUCGAGACGGUGGCAGACGAGCUCAAGAAGCUGUUGACUGGGAAGGCCAUCAAGAAAGGCGUCAAACAAGGAUGGACACCGUUCACGUGGUGCAAAGGAGGAUGGACCCUAUCCCAAGCGGAGUGCCAACGGUUACCACUCAUAUGCUACCAAGGAGAGAUACCGAGCCAGUUACGACAAGAUUCUCAAGGAUCACUUGCCUGGUGACAAAUCGAAGGAUGACACUGAGCCGAAUAGGUACACUAAUGACAAUGAGGAGGAGGAGGAGUAUGGUGAGAAUGCUGGACAGGAGGGCGGAGAUGAUGCAUGAUUUGAGGCCUUCGGGAGACCUUGCGAAUAGUGCUUCACAAUACGAGCAUACAGCAGGUCCUUGAAGGCUCGUCUCAGGCUACGAAAUGAGAUCGGUGUAUGAGUAGUCUCUUCAGCUAGGUUUCGAGGGACUGAAGGACAAUGGGGUCAAUAGUUUGUACAAUAGAAUACCUAGG